UGUUGGUUUUGCACAGUCUUCAAACUGCAGAUCUGUGCACCGAGCAAGAAAAAAAAACGUGCACCUGCAAGACACCAUCAUUCUGGGGUCUCAGCACUGCAGAGCGGAGGUUCAGCCAGUAAAUAACAUAUCUAUCUAUAUAUACACAUGUAUAUCUAUAUGUAUUGAAAUAUUCAAAACAACUCAUUAAGGAAGGUAUGAGUGGCUAGCCUCCUAUACAAAAAGGUACGGCUAACUUUUUGGAGAGCGUUCGGGACCAGUAUAUGAAAUGGCAACUGGUGUCAAUAACAACUGCACGUUUUGCUGUUCAGGUUACGGAGUUUUCCUGGGAUCCUAUCAGCUGUGGGUAGUGGUAGCUGUGAUUGGCUGUCUUCUAAUCCUGUCUCUGUGUUUGAGCAUCUUGUGCUGUCUCUCCCAGUACACCACAGGGGGCGGCAACACAUUCCUACCUCGGUUUCGUAGGAGUUUCAGUCUGAAGCUGAAGGACAUGGAAGAGAACCCCAUCUACGGCAACAUCAACUACACACAGGGCCGGACUGAAUUCCCUCUGAACAGCUCCAGUACUAAUAGCCAACAACAGCAGAAAACCAAUCCACAGGUGGACUCUAGAAAAAGACAGGACUGUUAUGCCAACCUGCAGCUGAAGGCUCCAAAACCGCAGUCCGGCCGCAGCUCUCCUCAGAUCCAGUACUCUGAUGUAGUGACUCUGCCACGGGUCAAACUGGGCCCAGAGUCCAUCUGGAGCCAGACCCACGAGCCUGCCCACCCAGCAGAAGACACUACCUCCCUCCACUCCGACCUGUACGCCUCAGUGGAGUCCGAGAGGGUCAAAGCCAUCUCCGAGAACAAGGACUACGCCAAUCGCAUCUGAAUAUGGACCACAGCUGGUCAUACACAUCUGAAUAUGGAUCACAGCUGGUCAUACACAUCUGAAUAUGGACCACAGCUGGUCAUAUACACCUGAAUAUGGACCACAGUAGGGUAGACAAUGUAUAUAUUGACCUCAGCCAGUCUUCUCUUAGAUUACAUUCAUCAGUGAGUCUGAGAAGAGGACUGUACCAACCUCAGGUGAAUAUGGAUCAAAGCUACUCAGACACUGUAGAUAUGAACUAAACCAGUCUUCCCUUAUAUUACAAUCUUGUAGUCUGAGACCACAGUUUAUAUACCUGAACUGGAUUUCUUUAAACUGGGCUGAUACUGUAGAUAUGAACUGCCACAAUACAUCUUUUAUAUUAUAUACUGUAAUCUGUGAAGCUGUUUCUUAGAACGAGGGGCUAUGAUGAUUAUGAAUCUCUGAAUGUGAGGUGAAGCCAGACAUAUGCUGGAUUGACUGUAGUCACACAACUCUUAUAUUGACUGACCUGAGAAGAGUUAUCUGUUAUGAGUUUCUAGCUGACUGACAGACUUCAAAGCAAUUUCAUCUUGGUCUGUCUGCCGCGAAUGGAAACAAACAGGACUGAUUUAAAAACCCUUUCAACUGCAGAGGGGGACUGAGGUGUCUUAUAUUACCUGAGCAAAUAAACUGCAGCUCAUUUUACAUUGAGGACCAUACAGAGCAGAUAAUCAUAAUCUCCCGUCCUGAUUUCAAUGUGAAAAAGGAAAAGCUGUUAUCUGACUAUAACCUGAGAAAAUGAAGUAUUAAUUAAUAUGGAAAAAAGAAUACUGUAGAUUGAAAAUGAUAUGAUGUCACCAUACCGGUAUAUAGAGAUUGCCAGAUAUAUUGUACGAUAUACAGACGUGCUCAAAUUUGUUGGUACCCUUACAGCUCAUUGAAAUAAUGCUUCAUUCCUCCUGAAAAGUGAUGAAAUUAAAAGCUAUUUUAUCAUGUAUACUUGCAUGCCUUUGGUAUGUCAUAGAAUAAAGCAAAGAAGCUGUG